CAACGGGUGGACCUUGCAGUGACCUCUCGAAAGAACAAGACUGGCCUGGCCGUAUGCUGAACUUACCAGGCCCGUCACCUCUGCCAUCAUGACUUGGGGAGUUCCAUCUAAAGCCAUCUUCUAGCUAACGAUGGCAGAGGCUGCCAAGCCCGUUCCCGCGACUCGACCGCCGCUCCCACACCCUCUCCUGCUGAGGAUUCGAUUCAGCACCUCUCUCCCCGAUCUCGACCUCGACAUCCCCAACCCUGCAAACACCACCGUAGCUGCUCUCAAGCACCUCAUACGUGAUCGCCUAGACCCGAAACACAACACCCGCCGUCUCCGCUUCAUCUACCAGGGAAGGAUUCUCCAGGAUGGCGCCGCCCUGAGCACCGCACUCCCCUCGCCUGUCUUCACUCCACCACGACCAUCUCAAGCAGACGAGCACGACUUCAAAGGCAAAGGCAAAGGCAAAGGCAAGGCCGUCGAACGCCAACUCGAUCGCGAACAGAAUCGCGUAUACGUGAUCUGCAGCAUCGGCGACACCCUUACCCCUUCCGAACUCGCCGACGAGGCCGUAGCCGCCCAGAAACCGCCCGCUCUGCCCGACCGUUCCUCCACAACCCCCCGACAAGAUGCCUCCUCCUUCCCCUCCUCCACCGCAGCCUCCGCAAGGCAAAACGCCCCAGCCAACGCCACCACCACCACCACCACCACCACCACCACCCGUCCCACCCCGCGCGGCUUCGACCGCUUCCUCGCCGCCGGCUUCACCCCGGCCGAAGUCUCCCAGCUCCACCUCCAGUUCCGCGAUAUCCAGGCCCAGCGCCACACGCCCGACACCAUGCCCUCCCCCGAUACGCUGCAGAGCAUGGAAGACUCGUGGGUGGACGCCAACGCCGGCGACGCCGUGCCUGGCGGCGGGACGGGGGCCGCCGUGGGGUCUGCUGCGGGGGAGGGCGCGGCCGGGGCGGCGGACGACGGCUUCAGCCCCAUGCACGACGGGCUCGACGGCUUGAUCAAGGGGAUGGUGAUGGGGUUCUUCUGGCCGCUUGGUGGCCUGGUGUGGCUCACGCGGGAGGAGGGGAUAGUGUCGUACAGGUGGAGGGUGUGGAUUGGCUUCGGCGUUUCCUUUAGCAUCUUUAUUGGCAUCAUGCGGGCGCUUUUUGGUACCGAGUAACCGAUGAUGCACAAGGCGGUUGUUCUAUAUGUGUACAUCUUGUAAGGAAGCUUGUAGGAUAGCAUUUCGGGAUGAUUGGGUUUUGACAAUUUGGGCGCUCCUUGGUCUGCAGCAAAUAUAUCGCGCGCGCGCGCGAGAGAGAGGUAAUGGAAUGAUACGGGGUGGUCACGCCUUGAGACAUCACGAAACCAUGCAGUCACCACUGAUUGCGGCGCAGAGAGGGCCAUUAUGCUAGUGAAUUGGCGGCCUGGAGGAGGGAGGUAUGCAAAGCCCCCUUAUGCCUCCAUGUCUCGACAAGCAGAAAAUCCAAGAAAGCUACAAUGGUAUAAUCCAUGUCCAAA